CUUGUUUAUAAAUAAUAUUUUGAGUUCGCUUUUUGAGUGACGUCAUCUGUAAUGGACCGGCCGCGCGCCUGCUGUCUGUGCUUUCAGAGUCAAAACAGCCUGUGACUGGAGAGAGUCAGUCAGGUGGGGUCGCAAAACCCACAACAAUUCACCAGUAAAUACUGGGAAUAUUCACAUCAUCCUACAAGAGAAGGACAAACUCCAGGUGUAGCAGUUGAAAUCUGUGUGACUGUUAAAGAUGGAGUUUAUUAAAGAGGAGAUUGAAGACAUGAGUGAUCCAGAUCCAUCCAGAAUAAAACAUGAAGAUACUGAGGAACAAACAGACCAGGUGGAAGUGAAACAGCAAAGACAAGAACUGAAUGAAGUGGAGGAGAAACAUCGUAACUUUAAAACUAAAAAAACAAAAGCCAAAAAGCUGCACACUUGCACUCAGUGUGGAAAAAUUUUCAAACAUAAAGGACACCUUAAAAAACACAUGAGAGUUCACACUGGAGAGAAACCGUAUACAUGCACUCAGUGUGGAAAGAGUUUUGCUUCUGGAUCAGGUCUCUCUUAUCAUCUGCUCCGUCACUCUGGAGAAAAACCAUUCAAGUGUGAUCAGUGUGGUAAAAAGUUUAAUUCAUCAUCACAUCUUAAACAACACCUGAAAGUUCAUUCAGAUGAGAGGCCUUAUGUUUGUUCUCUCUGUGGAAAGAGUUUUUCAUGGCUGAAUACCUUUAAACUGCACCAGAAAACACAUAAUGAAGUGAGGGAUUAUAUGUGCUUUGACUGUGGGAAGAGCUUUACUACAUCUAGUUAUCUGGAACAACAUCAAAGAAUUCAUACCGGAGAAAAACCUUACAAGUGCUUAUACUGUGACAAGAGUUUCACUCAGUCUCCACACCUGAAAUCACAUGAGCGAGUUCAUACUGGAGAGAAGCCGUACCACUGUACUCAGUGUGGGACGAAUUUCAAAGAUGCAACAUGUUUCAAAAAUCAUCUGCUCCAUCAUACUGGAGAAAAGCCAUUUAACUGUGAUCAGUGUGGUAUAAAGUUAAUUUCAUCAUCACAUCUAAAAAGACACCUGAAAAUUCAUUCAGAUGAGGGACCUCAUGUGUGUUCUCUCUGUGGAAAGAGCUUUUCAAGGCUAAACAAUUUUAAACAGCACCAGAAAACACAUGAUGGAGUGAGAGAUCAUGUAUGUUGUGACUGUGGGAAGAGCUUUACUAGAGCUGAAAAUCUGAAUCGGCACCAAAGAAUUCAUACUGGAGAAAAACCUUACAAGUGCUCAUAUUGUGACAAGAGUUUCAAUCAGUCAGGAACUCUGAAAUCACAUGAGCGACUUCAUACCGGAGAGAAGCCGUACUACUGUACUCAGUGUGGAGAGAGUUUCAUCCGAUUAAAUAUUCUAUUGACACAUAUUAAAAAGCAUUGUUCACAGUGAGCAAAUGUUUUCAUCAGAUCCAAAACUUUCAAAUAAAUCAUGUGAGAUUCACAUAAAGUAAAUGUGUAGUUACUUACCUAAUAAUAAACUAGUGUUGCUGUGAAAUGCCACAAGAUUUGUGUUUUCUAUGUUGAGAACAAGAAAAUUAUUGAAUUAUUCUUUGAUUGAACGCUAUUGAAGAAAUACAACAAAUGUAAUAAAAACAACAACAAUCAGGUAUUUGUCAAUAUAUGAAACAAUUCCCUGAAUUUGAGUUUUUAUACUCAAUAUGGAUUUUUUUUUCUUGUGUGUUAAGUUACAUAAAACCAGUUAUUUCAUAAACAGAUUUAUUUAAAAGUCUACAAAUUUCUCUGCAACAUAAAAGUUGUAUAAGCUCUGUACAAUAACAACAAAUAAAACUGCCAUUUUGUGAGCAAAAGUUAUCUACAGAUCCAGUAUUUUAAAUAAACUCAGAGAUUCAGAUAAAGUAAAUGUAUAGUGAAAUAAACUUGUGUUCUGUGA